AUCAUCAUCAAAGGACGUGUCCAUCAGAACGCAACACGGUGAGGCCAUAAUUGCUCACAAAUAGCCCGCUACCAUAAUUUCUUUGUAUUUUUGUUUGUCUUGCAGUUUUAACGUCAGUUUCCUGAGCAAUGACGCCAGUAUUCCGCUGCACAUGAGUGCUCGCUUCAACUGGUUAACAGAUGUGAAUGUGCUGGUGAUGAACUCUUACCUGUCCGGCAAGUGGGGCAAGGAGGAGCGCAAGCAAGGAACCUCCUUCCCUUUUGGACGAGGCCAGUUCUUUGAGAUGAUCGUCAAGUGUACUGCCAAAUUCUUCAACAUGACCAUCAACGGCGACGUCCACCUGAGCUACAAGUACCGAGCUCCCGUGGCCAAGAUCGACCGUGUGGGAGCCAAGGGCAACGUGACAUUGAUUGACAUCAGGCAGAUUUGACACAAAGGCCUUGAACAUGAUCCGAGCUGCCACCUACUCUAUGAUUAGCUCAAGUUAAGGUAUAAGUUAAGGUAUAAGUUAGGUAUUAUAAAGGAUAAGAUUUCUUUGUUUUUUGUAGGUAUAAGUUUCCUUUAUGUUCGAUGCACCCCACUUAUUUAACCACAGUGCUUUUGGGGGAAUUAUAUUAAGCACCUAAAGGAGGCCAUUUUGUCUUGUACCACCAUGACAUCAGUUGCUCGGGGAUCAGGUCACAAGUGAUUUAUCAAUUUUCUGUAAACCUUCAUUUCUUUGCAUGCCAGAAUAAAAAAAUAAGCAAUA